UGAGAUAUACUUCAUGGUUUAAUCAUAUUGACCGUACUUUAGGCAACUUUAGGUAUCAGGUGUUCUUUUUCUUAUCAUUUCGCUAAUAAUAAGCAUAUUACAAGAAAAAUGACGGAGCCGAUAAAUGUUGUGAUUACUGGUGCUGCUGGUCAAAUUGCUUAUUCUUUACUGUACCAGAUUGCAGCUGGUACAGUUUUUGGCCCACAACAACCUAUUAAUCUCAGAUUAUUAGAUAUUCCACCUAUGAUGAAGGUAUUGGAUGGUGUGGUUAUGGAAUUAGAAGAUUUAGCACUUCCUCUCUUACGAGAGGUUUUGCCAACGGCUGAACCAGCCAAGGCCUUUAAUAAUGUAGCAGCUGCUUUUCUGGUUGGUGCAAUGCCAAGAAAAGAAGGAAUGGAACGUAAAGAUCUUUUGGCCGCAAAUAUAGAAAUUUUCAAGGUGCAAGGCGAAGCAUUGGAUAAAUAUGCUUGUAAGGAUGUCAAGGUGUUAGUUGUAGGUAAUCCUGCCAACACUAACGCGCUUAUCUGUUCACAUUAUGCACCGUCUAUUCCGAAAGAAAAUUUUACGGCGAUGACUAGAUUGGACCAAAAUAGAGCACAAGCAGCAUUAGCUGCACGAUUAAACGUACAGGUGGAUAAAGUAAAGAAUGUCAUUAUCUGGGGUAAUCACAGUUCCACGCAAUAUCCCGAUGCAGCGCAUGCAACUGUAACGCUUUUAUCUGGCUUAAAAACAGUACCAUCUGAGAUAAAUGAUGAUGAGUGGUUGAAUAACACUUUCGUCGAAACAAUUCAAAAACGUGGUGCUGCUGUAAUAGCAGCUAGAAAAAUGUCUUCUGCCAUGUCUGCUGCUAAAGCCGCUGGAGAUCAUAUGAGAGAUUGGUGGUUUGGUACUAAGCCUGGAGAAUGGGUUAGCAUGGGUGUUGUAUCUGAUGGGAGUUAUGGAAUUACAAAACAUAUUGUAUUUUCUUUUCCUGUUAUUAUCAAGGACAAGCAAUAUGAAAUAGUGCAAAAUCUUCCAAUUAACAACUUUGCAAAGUCAAAGCUGGAUAUUACAUCUAAGGAAUUAGAAGAAGAACGUGCUGAGGCAAAUAACGUAUUAAAAAAGUGACUAGUAACAUCAGUGUCAAAUAGUGAGAUGCAAAAGAAAUUUCUGUUAUCAAAAUUGUAAAA